CGUACGUACGGCAGGCUUGCUAUCGUGGAGGAGCUGGCCGGCCUUGGCGCCAGGGUGCACACGUGCUCCCGCACCGCCGGCGACCUGGACGCAUGCCGGCGCCGCUGGGCCGACAAGGGCUUCCUCGGCGACGCCAUCACCGCCUCCGUCUGCGACGUGUCCUCGCAGCGCGACAGGGAGGGCCUCGUCGCCACGGUGAGCGACCUCUUCCAGGGCCAGCUGCACAUCCUCGUCAACAACGCCGGCCGGUCCCUCUACAAGGCGGCCGCGGACACCACGCCCGGCGACUACGCCGGCCUCAUGGCCACCAACCUCGACUCGUGCUUCCACCUGACCCGCCUCGCCCACCCGCUCCUCCGGCGGUCAGACGGCGGCGGCGUGGUGGUGCACAUGUCCUCCGUCGCCGCCUUCAUCGCGUACCCGGCGCUGUCCGCCUACUCGGCCAGCAAGGGCGCCCUGCACCCGCUCACCAGGAGCCUCGCCGCCGAGUGGGCGCCGCACGGCGUGCGCGUCAACUGCGUGGCGCCGGGAGCCAUCGACACGGGCAUGUUCAGCGCCACGCUGCGCGACGCCGGCAGGGCGCGGAGGCUCGCCGAGAUGGAGGUGGCGCGGGUGCCCAUGCGCCGCUUGGGCUCGCCGCAGGAGGUGGCCGCGCUCGUCGCCUUCCUCUGCAUGCCCGCCGCAUCCUACAUAACCGGCCAGGUCAUCUGCAUCGACGGCGGCCGCACCCUCGCCGCAAAGCUCUGACGAUAGGAUGGCUGCUCCAGGCCGGCCGGCCGGAGUCGAGCUUUGCUUUAAUUUGCAGU